UGCUCAUCUCUAUGAAAUAUACAACUACAAUUGAACUAGCAAUAUUUAAGAGUGUAAUAGAAUUUCAUUUCGUUUUAUCCUACUCUGACAUUCUGUCAGAGCAAACAGCGCGAAACGCUAAAUUUGCAAAGGCUAUAAACUAGAUAUUAAUUACUUUACAAAUGGUAUCAAAGGGUAAUAAUUACCAACAGAACCGGGCCAUGCAGCAGCAACAGCGCUCAAAUGUUCGUGCCGCAAUUGCACCGUACCGCAAACCUUACCGGGCCCAGGCUCAGGCCCAGGCACAGAAUCAUUUAAUGUACACAUCCUGCCAGAUGCCCAGCGAUCCGCUCUACAUAGACUUUAAUAGUCCCACGCCUGCACCACCGCCCAAAUUAGCGGCGGCCGCACAAACAGUGCAAGCCGGUAAUUCGGCCGAAGGCGCUGUGGAUGGGGGCAAAAAAAAGCAGCUGAGAGGUAAACAGGCCAAGGGUCACAAACAGUCGCAGCAACAGCAUCCGCAUCCUCACAAUUCGCACUUUGGAACACAGGGCGGCGGCGGUCCCGCAGCUAUAGGCGACAAUGGCUGGCAACCGCAUCCACAUCAACAUUCACAUCCGCAUCCCAAGCAGCGUUUCCAUGCGCCCAAUGCUAAUCGCUUCAACGGACCACAGCGCAACGGCUAUAACAGAGUACAAAUGAUGGGUGGAGGCCCGGCAAAUCGGGGUGGCGGUCGCCAUAUGAUGGGCGGUCCUGUUGGUGGCCCGAUGGGUCCACGCGGUGGCCCCGGUGGUCCAAUGCCACCAUUUCCUCCAAUGCCAUUUCAAGCGCCCAUGCCACCGAUGCGGUGUCCCAUGCCGCCAAUGGGCGGUCCACCGCCACCGCCACCACCGCCAUUUAUGCGCCGUAACGGGCGCGGCGGCCCGCCACUGCCAUUACCAUUGCCGCCGCCGCCGCCGCCGUUGAUGGGUCCGCAUAUGUUUAUGGGGCCACGCAUGCCACCGCGCGGCAUGCCACCGCUGCCCGUCCAGGUGCCCUACAUGAAUGGCGGCAUCAUGAACGGCGGCAAAAUCAAGAAGCCCAAUCCAAAGCUGAUCAAGCAGGCGCUCAAGGGCAAGAGCACAAUCAAAACGCUUAAAAAUCUAGUGAAUCAAUAUCCCAUCGACAAGCCGUGGGUGAACGACGAGAUACGCGCCAUACACGACGAGAAGCUGGACACUGAGAAUCGCCUCAAGGGCAACAAAGAUGACAAACUCUUCGCCCAAUUCAAGGUGCAGCGCGACAAAUUCGUGUCGCUCUACGAAAAGGCGCGCGAAACGUAUUUGAAGCAGGAGGCCGCCUCCGUAAUGGCCAAGGACGCCAAAGAUAAAGAUAAAGACAAAAACGCAAACUCAAAUUCGAUCGGAUUAGCGCAAGAUGCAAAAGUGUCAACAACAACAACCAGUCCAAGUCCAAACAAAAGCCAAAAUCAAAAUCAAAAUCAGAAUCAGAAUCAGAAUCAGAGUCAGAAUCGAAAGCAAAAUCAAAACGAAGCAAAUGAGUCAGAGUCUAACAAUUAAUUAUAUAUAACAUAUAUAUAUUUAUAUAUUUACAUAAGAUAUAUGCUAUAUAAUUAAGCAAUCUUUUUCAAUUAAUUAAUUUAUUAUUAUAAAUAAUUAAUUGUGCGUUUGCCUGGCACAAAUGCAACAUAGCAAAAGCAAAAAACACAAAAAGCUAAGCCGUGAAAAUACAAGCAACAAUCAAUGACAACAACAGCAGCCACAACAACAGCAAUAUUUACUACUGUAAUUGAUAAUAAUUAUAAUUGAAUAGCAACAAAUUAGCUGAGAACAAAUUACAUUCAAAGAACUGAGCUUAAAUUCAAGAAAUAAGUAAACAAAAACAAAGCAAGAUAAAUUAAUUAUU